UGUGGGGGAGGAGGGGGGUCGUCCUUUGCCCACCGCUCACUGAGCAGUGGGAAGAGACCGCGGCAUCUCUCGAUUUUUUAGAGGUUGUGUCCCAAGCAGUGCUUGGAGAGGCUGAACGAGGAGAUGGGACGGUCCCAAGGUCCGGGGAUGGAGGGGCUUUGGAGGGGGGAGAUGGAGAGCUAAAUAAGGGAAUUCGGGUUGAGUUUGGUGGGGUCUGUAAGACCCCGGAGGUGGAUAGAGAGGUAAAGGGGACUUUGCAGGCCAGUGACUUGUUGAAGGGUGAGGGGAAGUGAAAGCUAAGAAGCAUGUAUGAGUAGUAAAGGGCUCCAGUAGGUGAGGUGGUGAUGUCUAGGUCACUGAGUCAUUGUGGGGGUCGUGGACACAACAGUGAUUUCCAAAGUGGGGCCCUAGCCAUUGACCUUUGAAAGUUGCAAAGACUAUUAAGAUGUCACUGGUUAGUGUUGGGUGAGCCUGGUGAAAUGGAGAUAUCCUAAGGAGAACAACAGCAGGGUUGGUUAUUAUGUUCAGAGGGAAGGGCCCAGAGGCCUGUAAUAUUGUCGCUGGGGGCCUUACCUGGUGGCUCCCAAGCCUGAAGGAGGAGGCCUCAAAUCUGUCCUCCAAGGGCCCCCUGGUCUGUGAUAAAGAGGAAGGACUUAGAGCCUAAAUUCUAGUCCAGUUAGGGACGAAUAAAGUUACUGGACAAGGUAGAGAAAUAGGCAUAAGUAUCUCUUGGUGGAGAGAGACUCUAAGGUGGGAUGGAAUUGGUGCAAAGUUAGUCUUUGGUUAAGGCAAACAUGGAUUGCUCCCUGGCCGUGACUUCAGUGAUUUGGUGAUUUGGUGGCUGUAUAAAGAGAUACAUUUUGAUCAGUGAUGUGUGGUGGAUAACUAGCAUUUGAAAUAUUCAAGAAUUAAGUGUUGAUUCUUAGACCAGAGAUUUGGACUCUUGUGCACAGAGCACAAAAUGAUGAGUCCGAAGUAGCAGAUAGGAAGGAUGAGUAGUAAAAUAGUUGAGAGGUAGGGCCUGGGAGGGGCAAAAGGUUAUGGGCGGGUAACAGUCAUGUGUGAGUUUGACUCUUCAUGGAGAUUGUGCAACAUGAUUGCCCUGUUGAUUUUGGUUUUUUGUCUUGGUACUAGUGGUUCGGGAUUUUAGCAAGAGAUUAAUGCUACUGUGAAUAACGUUUUGGUCCUAAGUACAAAUGUAAGAAAGACAUGCUUACUAACUAUGGAAAAAAGACCCAAGCUAUUAAAGACAGAGAUGAGUUCAUGAAAGGACAAGUUAGUUGAUGUAAGGAUGCUUUGAAGAAUGAGGAUUCCAGUAAUAGGUGGUUUGAAUAAAAAGAGAAAAUCUAAGGCAAAGUUGGGGCUGGGGUGACAUCUCACAGUUUUGGGACCUAGGAUCUAUGAUUGAACCAUUAGAAUGCUAUUUUGUAGUAACAGUGUUGAAUGUUAGAUGAUAAUAGUUCCACAAGAUAUGGUAGGUUGGUAAGGAGGUCAUUGACUAAAAGGUGAAGGAACGAUUCCACACUGGUCUCUUCUUAGAAGGCAAGUUGUAUGUAACUUGGCUUUUGAGCUCAGGAUCCCUGACCUCGAUUUUUAGAUGACUAACAUAGGUGAAAAAGUACUUAUGCACAUUAGAAUUUGUUCUAUGGGAUAUUUGCCCCAUAGCCUUCAGAAGUGUCUGCUGCUGUGAAUCAAAAGAAAAUGCUCUCUGGCUUAUAGGGGGGAAAACGUACAGAAGUUUCACAAGCAUUAUAACCAACUAAAUUAUUUGAUCAUGGUGACUUGGGAUGGUGGUUAGAGCCAUGAACUUGGAAUCAGGAAGCUGGCUUCCCAUUGACUUCUGUGACUUUGAACCAAUCUCUCAUAUUUAUUCUCCAGUUUUCCCAUUGAUGAAGUGGGGAUCCCACUGCCCUGACCACUCAUAACACAUUGCAUUGCUUAACAAGUGAAUGCCUAUCUGUAAACUGCUUUGAACACUUCUGAGAAUGAGAGAUGAUGUAGCCCAACUUUUUUUCUCACUUCUAAAAGACUGCUCUCUCAGGAACAGACCACUUUCAGCUUUUGUAACAAUCAUGGCAGCAUAGUUGAUCAAGGAACAAAAAGGAGUACCUUAUGCAUCUGUCUUGUUCUAUCAUCUGGGUUUUGGUUUCCUACUGAUUUUUUGAAAGGUGAUACCUCUUCUCCAUUUACGAGGAAGUUAGAGUGAUGACAAUCGGAGAGUGUAAGGAGAGGUCCCCAUGGAGAGUAGGAAUGUACAUGCUGUGAAUGCUCACCUAGACUGAUGUCUGCCCUGAAUUUGUGUGAUCUUGGACAUGUUACUUGGCUUCAUGGUGCCUUAAUUUUCUUCAACUAUGAAAUAUUGUUGGUGGAAUAACUCACUUGUCCGUCUGCCUUGGUUGACUGCGCUGUUAGUCUAUAGAAACUUUAUUUGUCCCAGAGCAACUUUAUUUGUUCCUAACCUCCUAUGCCCCACAUACGCCUUUGGCAGGCUAAUGAAAUAUAGGACCUCUUUUGGGAACUGUGUUUUUAAAAUGCAUAAAAUGAAACACAUGGACUUACAAAUGACAUGGAAACAGUUAUCAAAAUGUUGAUCAGUUAUGAUAUAGUAAUACAUAUGCUUCUUUCUAACACAUUAAAUAACAAAAUGUAGCUGCAGGUCUAACCAUACUGUAAUUUUGAACUGGCGAUGAGUAAAUAUUGUGUUGAAGUGUCUGCAGCAAGUAUAAUGUGACAUGAAAAUGUCCUGUGGUUUGUCUUGGUGACAGUCACAGGGUUGCUAAUACUAUCAUGGGUCGUUACCUCCCUUCACAAUUGAAGGCAGUGCUGACUUCUGCUGAAGAGGUGAGUGAGUACAAACGAAGAUGGACGUUUCCCCCCAGUAAGUCCACAGCUGCCACCAAGUUUCUCCACAGACCCCAUGUGAGGCAGCGGGUCCCAGGUUAAGGGCUCCUGCCCUAGACCAGCUGAUUUUUGAAAAUUAAAUGAUCUUAUGGCCACUCGCAGUUAAAGCUUUGCAGUAUUUUUUUGACAUCUCCAAAUCCAAGAGCGUAAAGAAGGUAUGAAGUAAAAGUUCGUUUUGCAGCCUGUUGGUGACUAUUCUUGCUUGUGGAGAAAAGUAGAAACGAUGAUUAGCAUCAGGCUUUCACGUCUGGUGGAUUUUGCUUUGCGAAACAGCCCCGUCUUCAGGGGGGCGGAUUUGGGCUGUGCUGCUCCGUCUCCUUGCAUUUUGAGUUUUAGUGGUUUGCCUUCAUUCUCCAUUUUUGACCUAAUUAUUUUCUCACUACUCCUUCCAAAUACUCUGUUGGCCACAGAGCAUUGGGGAAUGGGUGGUUUUCUUUGCAGUUGGUGUGAAUUGGGGUAUGAACUUCUCCAUUCUUCUCGUCCCUGUAGGACUCAAUGUGGGACUAGCUGGUGUCACUCCACUUUGACCUAAAAAUUCCCUUCUGUUUGGGAGGCAGAGCUCAUUCUUGGAAAGUUCUUCCGUGUCCCAAUGUAGAAGAGCAGAUCGGACAUCUCGAAAGGUGAGGGUCACCUUUGAGAAAGGGGUUCCCGGACUCCCCCGGCUCCUCACCUCCAGGAUGAGCACUGCGGUAUCGUGACCCUUGGGGUUUCGUGUGCCCUGGAGAUGCGAGAUUUUCCUUUGGCAGCAGGAGGCACACACCCAGAGGAUGCCGGAGCUGCAAGGGGAAAGGACCCACUUCCACAGCAGAGAAAAGCAAAGAGGAAAAAGGCAUACAGGUGGCCAGCGCUGAGGGCCGCGCCCAGCAAGCCGCCGGCCGCCGCCACUGCCCUCAGCAGCUGUCUGUGCUGCAGCCCGAGAGGAACUCGGUGAGCCCAUCCCUGUUUGUGACUGCACGCUCAGGAUUUCAAUCAAUGCAUUCCAGUAACCCCAAAGUGAGGAACUCUCCAUCAGGAAACACACAGAGUAGCCCUAAGUCAAAGCAGGAGGUGAUGGUCCGUCCCCCUACAGUGAUGUCCCCAUCUGGAAACCCCCAGCUGGAUUCCAAAUUCUCCAAUCAGGGUAAACAGGGGGGCUCAGCCAGCCAAUCCCAGCCAUCCCCCUGUGACUCCAAGAGUGGGGGCCAUACCCCUAAAGCACCCCCUGGCCCAGGUGGGAGCAUGGGGCUGAAGAAUGGGGCUGGAAAUGGUGCCAAGGGCAAGGGGAAAAGGGAGCGAAGUAUUUCCGCCGACUCCUUUGAUCAGAGAGAUCCUGGGACUCCAAACGAUGACUCUGACAUUAAAGAAUGUAAUUCUGCUGACCACAUAAAGUCCCAGGAUUCCCAGCACACGCCACACUCGAUGACCCCGUCAAAUGCUACGGCCCCCAGGUCUUCCACCCCCUCCCAUGGCCAGACUACUGCCCCAGAGCCCACACCUGCUCAGAAGACUCCCGCCAAAGUGGUGUAUGUGUUUUCUACUGAGAUGGCCAAUAAAGCUGCGGAAGCUGUGUUGAAGGGCCAGGUUGAAACUAUCGUCACUUUCCACAUCCAGAACAUCUCUAACAGCAAGACAGAGCGAAGCACAGCCCCUCUGGUAGGCCAUUCUGGAAGUGGAGUGUGGUUUAAAGGCUCUACAGCAGCUGUACAGAACACACAGAUAUCUGCCCUUCGGAAUGAUCCGAAACCCCUCCCACCACAGCCCCCAGCUCCGGCCAGCCAGGACCAGAAUUCUUCCCAGAAUACCAGGCUGCAGCCGACCCCGCCCACUCCGGCACCAGCACCCAAGCCUGCUGCACCCCCGCGUCCUCUGGACCGGGACAGUCCUGGUGUAGAAAACAAACUGAUCCCUCCUGGGGGCAGCCCCGCCAGCUCCACGCCACUGCCCCCAGAUGGUACCGGGCCGAACUCGACACCCAAUAACCGAGCGGUGACCCCUGUCUCCCAGGGGAGCAGUAGCUCUUCAGCAGAUCCCAAAGCCGCCCCACCUCCACCAGCGUCCAGUGGCGAGCCCCCCGCGCUGGGAGAGAACCCCGAUGGCCUGUCUCAGGAGCAGCUGGAGCACCGGGAGCGCUCCUUACAAACGCUCCGAGAUAUUCAACGGAUGCUUUUCCCCGACGAGAAAGAAUUCACAGGAGGACAAAGUGGGGGACCCCAGCAGAACACUGGGGUAUUAGAUGGACCUCAGAAAAAACCAGAAGGGCCGAUACAGGCCAUGAUGGCUCAAUCCCAAAGCCUAGGGAAGGGACCUGGGCCCCGGACAGAUGUGGGAGCUCCAUUUGGCCCUCAAGGACAUAGAGAUGUGCCCUUUUCUCCGGAUGAAAUGGUUCCACCUUCCAUGAACUCCCAGUCUGGGCCCAUGGGACCUGACCACCUGGACCACAUGACCCCCGAGCAGAUAGCUUGGCUGAAGCUGCAGCAGGAGUUUUACGAGGAGAAAAGGAGGAAGCAGGAGCACGCUGUCGUGCAGCAGUGCUCCCUCCAGGACAUGAUGGUCCAUCAGCAUGGGCCUCGGGGCGUGGGCCGAGGGCCUCCCCCUCCAUACCAGAUGGCCCCCGGUGAAGGCUGGGGGCCGGGGGGUGCAGAGCCCUUUGCUGAUGGGAUCAGCAUGCCUCAUUCUCUGCCCCCGAGGGGCAUGGCUCCCCACCCCAACAUGGCAGGGAGCCAGAUGCGCCUCCCUGGGUUUGCGGGAAUGAUCAACUCUGAAAUGGAGGGACCGAACGUCCCCAACCCAGCAUCGAGACCGGGUCUUUCUGGAGUCAGUUGGCCAGACGAUGUGCCAAAAAUCGCAGACGGUCGAAACUUCCCACCUGGCCAGGGUGUCUUCAGUGGUCCUGGCCGAGGGGAACGCUUCCCAAACCCCCAAGGAUUGUCCGAAGAGAUGUUUCAACAGCAGCUGGCGGAGAAGCAGCUGGGCCUCCCCCCAGGGAUGAGCAUGGAAAGCAUCAGGCCCAGCAUGGAGAUGAACAGGCUGAUCCCCGGCUCCCAGCGACACAUGGAGCCUGGGAGCAGUCCCAUUUUCCCUCGAAUACCCGUCGAGGGCCCUCUGAGUCCCUCUCGGGGCGACUUUCCGAAAGGAAUGCCCCCGCAGAUGGGCCCUGGUCGGGAACUGGAGUUUGGGAUGGUUCCCGGUGGGAUGAAGGGAGAUGUCAGUCUGAACGUCAACAUGGGAUCCAACCCUCAGAUGAUACCUCAGAAGAUGAGAGAGGCUGGGACGGGCCCUGAGGAGAUGAUGAAGUUACGCCCGGGUGGCACAGACGUGCUGUCUGCUCAGCAGAAGAUGGUGCCCCUGCCGUUUGGGGAGCACCCCCAGCAAGAGUACGGCAUGGGCCCCAGGCCGUUUCUCCCCAUGUCUCAGGGUCCAGGCAGCAACAGUGGCUUGCGGAGUCUCAGAGAACCAGUCGGGCCCGACCAAAGGACUAACAGCCGGCUCAGUCAUAUGCCAGCACUACCUCUCAACCCUUCCAGUAACCCCACUAGCCUCAACACCGCUCCUCCAGUGCAGCGUGGCCUGGGGCGGAAGCCCUUGGAUAUAUCUGCGGCAGGCAGCCAGGGGCACUCCCCAGGCAUCAACCCUCUGAAGUCUCCCACGGUGUGCCAAGUCCAGUCACCAAUGCUGGGCUCACCCUCGGGGAACCUCAAGUCCCCCCAGACUCCAUCGCAGCUGGCAGGCAUGCUGGCGGGCCCGGCUGCUGCUGCGUCCAUUAAGUCCCCCCCUGUCUUGGGAUCUGCUGCUGCUUCGCCUGUUCACCUCAAGUCUCCAUCACUUCCUGCCCCGUCACCUGGAUGGACCUCCUCUCCAAAACCUCCCCUCCAGAGUCCCGGGAUCCCUCCAAACCAUAAAGCACCCCUCACCAUGGCCUCCCCAGCCAUGCUGGGCAGUGUAGAGUCAGGUGGCCCCCCACCUCCUACAGCCAGCCAGUCUGCCUCUGUGAAUAUCCCUGGAAGUCUUCCCUCUAGUACACCUUACACCAUGCCUCCCGAGCCAACCCUUUCCCAGAACCCACUGUCUAUUAUGAUGUCUCGAAUGUCCAAGUUCGCAAUGCCCAGUUCUACCCCUUUAUACCACGACGCCAUCAAGACUGUGGCCAGCUCCGAUGACGACUCCCCUCCAGCUCGCUCUCCCAACUUGCCAUCAAUGAAUAAUAUGCCAGGGAUGGGCAUUAAUACACAGAAUCCUCGAAUUUCAGGUCCAAACCCCGUGGUUCCGAUGCCAACCCUCAGCCCAAUGGGAAUGACCCAGCCGCUCUCUCACUCCAAUCAGAUGCCCUCUCCGAAUGCCAUGGGACCCAACAUACCUCCUCAUGGGGUCCCGAUGGGGCCUGGCUUGAUGUCACACAAUCCUAUCAUGGGGCAUGGGUCCCAGGAGCCUCCGAUGGUACCUCAAGGACGGAUGGGUUUCCCCCAGGGCUUCCCGCCAGUACAGUCUCCUCCACAGCAGGCUCCGUUCCCUCACAACGGCCCCAGUGGGGGGCAGGGCAGCUUCCCAGGAGCUAUGGGUUUCCCAGGAGAAGGCCCCCUUGGCCGCCCCAGCACCCUGCCCCAGAGUUCAGCAGAUGCAGCACUUUGCAAGCCUGGAGGCCCCGGGGGUCCCGACUCCUUCGCCGUCCUGGGGAACAGCAUGCCUUCGGUGUUUACAGACCCAGACCUGCAGGAGGUCAUCCGACCUGGAGCCACCGGAAUCCCGGAGUUUGAUCUGUCUCGCAUUAUUCCAUCUGAGAAGCCUAGCCAGACACUGCAAUAUUUCCCUCGAGGGGAAGUCCCAGGCCGUAAACAGCCCCAGGGGCCUGGGCCUGGGUUUUCGCACAUGCAGGGGAUGAUGGGCGAACAGGCCCCCAGAAUGGGACUAGCAUUACCUGGCAUGGGAGGGCCAGGGCCAGUGGGAACUCCGGACAUCCCUCUUGGCACGGCUCCAUCCAUGCCAGGCCACAACCCAAUGAGACCACCAGCCUUUCUCCAGCAAGGCAUGAUGGGACCUCACCAUCGGAUGAUGUCACCAGCACAAUCUACAAUGCCCGGCCAGCCUACCCUGAUGAGCAAUCCGGCUGCCGCCGUGGGCAUGAUUCCCGGCAAGGAUCGGGGGCCUGCUGGGCUCUACACCCACCCUGGGCCUGUGGGCUCCCCAGGCAUGAUGAUGUCCAUGCAGGGCAUGAUGGGACCCCAACAGAACAUCAUGAUCCCCCCACAGAUGAGGCCCCGGGGCAUGGCCGCUGACGUGGGCAUGGGUGGAUUCAGCCAAGGACCUGGCAACCCAGGAAACAUGAUGUUUUAAGCUGCUAAGAUUGGAUGUGCCGAUCCUUGUCAAGAUGAGAUUCCGGGUCCUGAGAGCUGCCUUGAGGGAGUUCCGGGAGUGCUGUUGGUCAGGCAAUAGGAGAGCAGAGACCCGAGGGCUGCUUUGGGGGAGGGGGGAACUCGAGAAUGUAUGGAUUUACCUGAAAACAAAUGAUUCAUUUAAUCAACAGGUGUGUUUUUUUUAAGAUUUAUUUUUUAAAAAUUAUUUUUGUGGACUUGGGUAUCCCAUGAUGGCACCUACUUUUGGGAAUCUGUAGCCUGUGCUUCGAGAAUUGCCAUCGGUCAUGUGUUGCACCGUUCUCUGUAUGUUUACGUCCUUUGGACUGGCUUCUCCCAGGAUUCUUUUCUGGUUUUGUUUUUGUUUUUUUGUUUUGUUUCUUUUUUUUGUUUUUGUUUGUUUUUUUAUUUGCUUUGGGCUUUAUUUUUUUGUGUACUGUACUAUAUUGUAAAAGGGAUUUUAGCAGAGACUUUAGUCUUUGGGACAAGAGGAGAACAGGAAUGCUGGGCCGUUUACUUUAGGUGGAGAAUCCGUCUUCAGACCUUUGGACUAUUUUCUUUCAACUCCAGUGUAUAGAAAAAAAACCAAACUACGACCUCAGAGCAGAGUAUUAAUGAAAAGCACAAAAAAAAGGAACUAAGUUCAGCGAGGGGUGGGGGGAGGGGGGAGAUUUUUCUUUUCAAAAAUAAUGAAGCUUAGGACGUUUGUUUUUUGGUUCGAGUGCUCUCCGGCACGGUCUGUCUCUUCCAGUCUGCAAACCCACCUUCAUGUUUUUCUCUCAGUUUCCCUCUCCUCCCCGCCCCCCACCCUGCCCUCAUCUCCUUGGUUAAGUGUAUCUCCUUCUCCCAUGCCCCCGCCCCCAACUGGUGACCCCUGCUUUCCUCCUCUUUCCCUUUGGCAGCUGCAAUACACGGUGUUCUUUUGGGGAAGUAAAUCUAAUGAAAGCCUCGCCUUCCAGGCCGAGCGUCGUCCCGGCUCCGCGAGGGAAAGGCCUGUGCUUGGGAUGCUCGGCGGUCUUCUGCUCCCUUUCUCUUCUUCCCCGACACGCCCUUCCCUGCCCACCUUGUUUUCUGUUCUCCUUUUCUUAGGAAUUCCCAAGUGAAUUUUAUCGAUGUGGGAGUGGAACAGAUGCUAAAAGCUAUCCAGGAUUUCGUUUUUGUUUUUGUUUUUAAUUUUGUGGUUCCUCCCCUGCCCUCCCCCUCCCAUGCGUAAAACGUUCUGUGUAACCUCCAUUAAAUUUGGUACAAAACCACUCACCAGAGCUGUGGUGUCAGAAAAAUAAAAUAUAUUGUUUCUUACAAAA